GCUACGUUUGACCGGAAGCGACUAUGUGUUUUCGGCCAAAGCUGAAAACCGGAAGCACUCUAGUUGGCUGUUGCUCUUGGCUAGCUCCUAUUAGCCAUUUCAUGCAAUCCUGGUUUAAGUUGUUAUUUUUAAAUAGCCACCGGAGUAUUUUUAAGUUUAUAGCUAAUUUCACAUUCGGAACUAGACUAGGGCGAUAUUAAAUCUGUUAAACACGUAGAUUGUGGUAUUAACAGAGAUCUAGCCACUCGGCUGGAGGUAACACAUUAGCACGGACUACAAUGUUAGCGGUGGUGUCUUGAGGCUUAGCAUUAGACCCAGACUAUAAAGGAUGUUAUACAGAAAGAGAGACUUCCAACACGUCUGUCUCCAUCGGCAGGCAGUCUACUGCCCGUGCGCUGGUAGUCGUCGAGGUUGAAGUCGUACCACCCAGCACUGGUCUAGGACCACAGGAACAGUCACCAUGGAGGACCUGAAGCCAGAGUCUGUGGACUUUGUGAAAGAGUUUCAGGAAUAUCUCACGCAACAAACCCAGCAUGUCAACAUGAUCUCCGGCUCCGUCUGCGGGGAGAACAACCAGGGCGAUUCGUUCCAGGCUGUUACCACAGCCAGUGACCAGGGCGGCCUGGACCCCCCGUCGGUGGAGGUCAGCCUGUCGCUGGAUGAUGGGGCGGAACUACAAAUGGACGGAUUGGAGAGGACUCCCGACGGGAAGUACAAGUGUAGCUACUGCAACUAUGUCAACAAAGGCAUGGCUCGUCUAAUAGAGCACAUCCGUAUCCACACAGGAGAAAAGCCACAUCGGUGUCAGCUGUGCCCCUUCGCCUCGGCCUAUGAGCGCCACCUGGAGGCCCACAUGCGCUCCCACACGGGGGAGAAGCCCUACAAGUGCGACCUCUGUGCCUUCUGCUGCAGCGACCGCAGCAACCUCUCCCACCACCGCCGCCGCCGCCACAAGCUGCUGCCCAUGCGCGGCGUGCGCUCGCCCUUCACCAACAAGAGGAUGCUCAGCGUCCUGCAGAAGAGGGCCACCUCCCUGGGCUUCGGCCGACGGUUGCUCGGCAACUACAGCGGUCCUCCGUCGCUGCUGGGGCCCCGGGCCGACUACUCUGGCGGUCUGGCGCACGACGCCACGCGGCCCCACCUGAGCAUCGGCGUCAGCGGCGAGUACAAGACCACGCCCGUCGUCAAACCGCACGAGAGCGGCAGCAACGGCGGCGGCGGCGGCGGUAGUGGCGUCGGACGGGGCGCCAACGGCCUGCCCUCCGCCGACAGCCCCCUGGACCAGCUGUCCACGCUGGCCGGCCAGCUGGCCACCCUGCCCCAGCGGCCCCAGAGCCCCCGCUCCCUGGACCGGCUGUCCUGCGAGGACGACGUGAAGCCCAUCCUCGUCCAGCAGGCGUCGGGCCCGCCGCUGGCCGUGGCCGUCAACGGCUCGCAGACGGCCCGCAGCCCCAAGGAGGAGGACUCCGACCCGGCCGGCUGCCGGGGCCACGGCCCGGGCAGCGGCGGGGGGGGGGAGGAGGGGGCGCGGGGCGGGUUCGACGACGGCGGCGGCGAGCGCGCGCUCCUCAGUCAGCCCGGCGUGGCAGCGGCCGCCCCCUCCGCCAGCCCGCCCCAGGAUCCGGCGGCCUCGCACAAGUGCCAACACUGUGACAUCCAGUUCUCGGAUAACAUCCUGUACACCAUACACAUGGGUUGCCACGGCUACGAGCACCCCUUCCAGUGCAACAUCUGCGGCACCAUGUGCAGGGACAAGUACGACUUUGCCUGCCACUACGCGCGCGGACAUCACCACAAGUGACGGGGCGGGCUGGGGCCGGCGUUUGAUCAUGAGGAAUCCUGUGCUAAAACCUUUUAACUUUCAUCAAUUGCCAUUUGUUUCUUUUGUCAACGUCACACCAUCUGUCGAAUUGUAUUGGCGGUUUUUGUGUCAUUUUUGGUUUGCAUUCGCCCUUUAUAGAUUUCUACCCUUAUUUAUUUUCAAUGCGAUUUGGAUUGUCUCGUAUGUCCAAUUCUACGUUCUUCACACCAGAGCAUAAGGGCUCAUUUGUUGACGUGUCAACCUGUUGCUGUGGCAACUCCUACCAGAACUGAUGUAUUUAAAAUGCGGUCUUCCAGCUCUAUAGAGGAACAACUGUUCUCCUGUUGGAUGUUUCGGAGAAGUCCUGUGACUCAUUGUCCCAAUGUUAGGGGCGAGCAUGCUUGCUAUCUUGAUUUCCUUCAUACCUCAUUGUGCACCAAAUUGUAUGAGAAAUCGUUUAAGUAGCAGAAGUAGCCAGAAUUCCCCCCCCCCCCCCCACACACAUUUUCAUAUUCACUGUAAAUUAUUCAAAGAAAAGAGCAUUGUAGCAUUGUGGUGCUUGGUUAUUUCUUCUUUGUAUGACUUAUUUUUUAUCUUGAAAGAAAAAUGAGAAGGAAAAACAGAUCUAGUGUUGUAUACGUUGUGACAUUUAAUGAAAACGCUGAUUUAAUCGUUCUUCGUAAUGUGUGAAUGUGAUGUGUUGUUGACAGGGUAACUGUUUUCUACUAACAAGUCUUGAGUGCAGUAUUUGCAUCAUAGAAUAAACCGAGGCCAAACUAUGAAGCCAUUUUUGUCUCAAUUGUGGAUUAUGUCAGCACUUUAAUUUUCCAAUUUUGGAUUUUCAUUGAAGAUGGACACAAUAUAAAUGACAUCUUGAAAUAUUCAUUUAGAAUAUCGCUCAGUCCAACAUUGAACCCAAAGCAUUUGGUACUGUAAAAUUGACAUUUGUGCGUAUUAAACAUAUAGGGACUGUUAUGGCGCGUUCGCACCAAAAGUGACGGGGCGUCGCGACUUCCAUACAAGGUCAACGUAUGCCCACUAGAGGGCAGGAGAGACGUUGACUAUUAUACUACAAGCAGAAUCAACAGCAGCCAUUAGGAGCCCAGUCAGGGGCCCCUGAAGGAGCAGUGAGGGGGGGGGGGGGAUGAGAAUGAGGGCGUGGCCCGCUGCUCUGGGCUAUAAUAUCUACUGGACAUGACUGCAGUGUGGAGGUCCGGCCAGCAGGGGCAGCACUGAGGAGGCCUCAGUCCUGUUUGCUCUGGAAGAAUGGCAGAACGUCACUCACUGGUGUCUCACUGGUGUCUUACUGGUGUUGAAUCCAUCCUCACUGAUGGUGCGCCCUCACAUAACUUGAACAACAAAGGAUUAGAUAAGUUAAACACUGAUGAAGGGGUGAAUGG